AUUCUUUAUUCAUCUCUUUCAUUCUCUCUGCCUCAGACAGAAAUAGCCCAUCAAGCUCAUUCAAUUUACCUAAAAUAAAUAAUUUUCUCUUGCUAUGGCUCUUUUGUUGUACUUUGUGCUUUUCCUGACCCUCACUGGCCAUUCCAGUGCUCUUUACUGUUUAUGCAAAGAUGGUGUGGGUGAUCAAGCUCUUCAGAAAGCAAUUGAUUAUGCUUGUGGGGCUGGAGCUGAUUGCACCCCAAUUCUCCAAAACGGGGCUUGUUACCAACCCAACACUGUGAAGGAUCACUGUAACUAUGCAGUUAAUAGCUAUUACCAGAGAAAGGGUAAUGUUCAAGGAUCAUGUGAUUUUGCAGGUGCUGCCACAACCAGUGCAAAUCCACCUACUACAUCAUCUGGAUGUGUCUACCCCUCAAGUCCUGGCAAUGCCAGCACAACACCAUCAACAGGUGCACCUCCUGGCACAACACCAACAACUCCAGGCACAGGCACAACUUCUGGUAGUCCUAAUGUGUUUGGAAUGAGUCCACUGUCUCCAACUACAACUAGUGUCAACAAUAGAGCUAACUUGGAAGGCACCAAUGCUAAGUUACUAUUGUUUCUCUUUGUUCUAACCUUGUGUUUAGCAAUCAGGGUCUAGAGUUACAGUGCCACCACUGGACUAGGAAAAAGUUUGUGGGGUUUUCAUGUAAUUUUACUUCUUGGAGUCAUCCACAAGCAAUUCAAGCAAACCCGGUUUUGGUGUUUUUUCUUCCUAGUGAAAAAAAAAAAAAAAAAAAAAAAAAAAAAA